GAUUAAUCUUGUGCUUGUGCGAUCUUGCGUGUUAAUGUCUACCUAUUUUGCCAUAUCAAUCAGCGAGGAACUUAAUUUCGUGGCAUCCAAGUGAAUUUACGAUAAUUUCGCAGUCUUAUACUGAUAAUUUUUGGCCUAAAAGAGAAGUGCCUGAUGAUGGAAUCUCUCCGAGAUGAUGAUGAUGACGGGAUUUCGACAAACUACGAUUAUAGCCAGGAAAACCCGUCAGAAUUGGAUGAAUCACUGUCUGAGGAACCAGUCUCCAACAACAAUACUCUUACAGUUCUUUGUAUUUUAUUCGUUACCUUAUUUGAACGUCUGGCAUUCUAUGGGGUGGCUGCAAAUCUGGUACUCUACUGUGAGGACGUUCGUAAGCUUUCCUCGCCAUUAUCCAGCAUAAUCGCCUUGGCAUUUCAAGGAACAUGUUUCUUUACUCCUAUAAUCGGCGGUUGGCUAGGAGACAUAACCGCUGGGCGAUACAACACCAUAUAUGGAAGCUUGUUGGCUUACAUUGUCGGCACCGUUACACUUACGGUUAUUACAUACAAAAAACCUUCAGGGCAUCAUGUCUUUGAAGGCUUAUAUGGAACGUUACUUUUGGUUGUGUCCCUUGUCGUUAUUGCCUUUGCAGUAGGAGGAGUCAAGGCAAAUUUGUCCCUGAUGGGAGCAGACCAAGUGAAGAGGAAAGGGCAAAGGAUGGUGCAAAGAUUUUUUGUUUGGUUUUACUGGUUCAUACAGGUUGGCUCGUUGCUGGCCUUCACAGUUGUAGUAUACGUCCAACAAAACGUGAUCUAUUUCUUUGGUUACUUAAUUACUGUAGUUUCAAUAACGUGUGGAACUAUGGUAGUGGUGAUAGGGAGAAACCGUUAUCUAGUGUAUCCCCCACGAAAAAGCGCUCUAAUGGAUGCUCGACAUAUUCUUGCAGUUGGUAUCAAAAACAAGCUCUUCUGCAAAAGAAAUCCACACUGGACUCACUGGCUCGACGGUGCUAAGGACACCAUGGGUGGUACCUUCUCUGAAGAGAUGGUAGAAGUUGUCAAGUCCAUAGUUCAUUUGUGUCCAAUAUUACUCACAUUUAUCUUCUACUGGACAAUAUACGGCCAGGGUUCUACCGCGUUUCUAUUGCAAGGCUCUUACAUGAAGUUGGAUAUCAUUAAUUCGUUUCCAUUUCCUGUGGCGUCACUGGCCAUAUUUGAAAUUGUGACUGUUCUAGUUUUGAUCCCCCUUAUUGAUCGAGUUGUCUACCCAGGCCUCCGUCGCGUUGGCUUCAAUUUCACUCCUCUACGCAGAAUCGGCGUUGGAUUGAUUUUUGCUGCUGGUUCUGUGGCCUUGGCAGGAUUUAUCGAAAUUGAGCGGAAAGAAAAAUUUGGAAGGGUGACACAAAUUGUUUUCAAUAGAACUGUAAAUGCAUCAAAUAUGAGUGUGUUUUAUCAAGUGCCACAGUAUAUCCUACAAGGAACAAGUGAAGCUUUGGUAUCCACUACAGGUCUUGAAUUUGCCUAUGCCCAGUCUCCAACAGAGUUGCGUGGCUUGGUAAUGGGCGUGUGCUGGGCAAUGAUUGGCCUGGGUUACUACGUAGCGAGUUUGCUGGUGUCAAUCGUCAAACACGCUUCUCACAACAAGUGGUAUCCGAAUGACCUCAAUAAUGGCACACUUGAAUACUACAUGUUUUUAUUGGCUGGGCUUAUGUUAAUAAACUUGGCAGUUUUCCUGUAUUUAGCAGUGAGGUAUCGGUAUGUCGACCAUGGAGAAGGGCCUGAAAAUGAUGGCUACCGCGUCCCUGUUUUUACCAGAGUUUUAUCACUCGCGACAGCUGUAAAAGUGGAGACUGACGUCUGCCCUCAAUUACUGGUUCGGUGAUCGUAUACGAAUGUGUAAGAAAAUAUGUUGUCUGUUUGGGAAAACAAAUGUAAUUUGAGACUAUCUGAUCAUGUAGUGAUCUGUAAUCUGUAGGGGAUAAAGUUUUGCAUAUCUAAGCAUGCAGUAUCUCGAUCUUCAUGGAGCAAUCAACGUAAGGAGUACGGUCAACUCUCUCGUUAUGGCGUAUCCUAAGCUCGUUCCCAGAUCCCUUGUGUAACUGUACAGAAAUGUAGGCCGUAAAAG